GGGCGUCGGGUUCGCCGAGGGCGCCCUUUACGCUUUGCGGUUGGAACAAUCCGCGAGGUUGAGUGUGGAGGGUUCCGACUCUGAUUACACUUGAGUGUUGUCGCGUCUUAAUCCAGUAGCAUAGCAGAAGUCGCAUUUCUCGGAGGGCCGAUGAAUCGAGGUGGAACGAGUCCGUCGACUAGAUUCUGGUUAAUACGAUCUUUUUUUUUUCAGAGGUAUUAUUAGAUUUUGAAGACGCGAGUGGGAGGGAUGCUGGAUUCGUGGUCGUUGGCCCUGGGUGGGCUGGUCCUCAUCCUCUUCAAGAUCUUGCAGUCGCUCCUUUUCAGAAAGAAGAGGUCCGACCGGCCGAUAUUCUCGUUGGCCGACGUCCUCCCCCCGGCCCCUCACGUGGCCGACCAGAAACUCAGGGACAAGGUCCUCAAGCAAGGUUUCUCCUCGGAUAAAGUACCCCAUGACCUCGACGCGAUCGUGAUCGGGAGUGGGAUCGGGGGAUUAUCUGCAGCCGCUCUCCUCGCCAAGGCCGGGAAGAAAGUCCUCGUCCUCGAACAACACGAUCAGGCUGGUGGAUCCUGCCAUACUUUCAUCGAGAAGGGCUACGAGUUUGAUAUUGGAAUCCACUAUGUCGGUGGUUUUGGGGAAACGGAUUUCAAUCGCAUUCUGUUCGAUCAACUCACCGAUGGCCAGCUGGAAUUCGUCCUCACAGACCCGGUGUACGACGUGGUGAAGCUGCGGUACCAUUCCGAGAAGAAGGCUUCCUAUGACAUCUGCUACCCGAAGGACAGGUGGAUCUGCAACCUGAAGAAGCAAUUUCCUGGGGAAGAGGAAGCCAUCGACAAGUUCGUCAGAUACAUAAGAGAGGCCUCAAAAUCGAAAAUUGCAUUGGGAGUGGUGAAGUUCCUUCCUCUCUGGCUGGCCAAGAUUGUCGUCAAGCUUGGCGUCAUCGACUGGUUCAUCCCUUACAGCAAAUGGGCUUCGAGAUCCAUUCAGAGUGUCCUUGAGGAACUCACAGACAACAAGGACCUAAGAGCUGCCUUCACCUACAUAUUUGGUGACUUUGGAGCUCUACCCAGUGAAGCUAGUUUCACCCUUCUGGCCCUCCUUCAUCAGCACUUUUACAGAGGGUCCUAUUACCCUCGAGGAGGUGCAUCGGAGGUAGCUUUCCAUAUCAUCCCUGUGAUCGAGAAAUCGGGAGGGAAAGUCCUUGUACGUGCCAAUGUGAAAGAAAUCCUCCUGGACGAAUCAGCUUCUAGAGCCAUCGGUGUGGUUGUCGAGAAGGGCUCUGGUUCUGUCAACGUCACUGCCCCAAUCGUCAUCUCCAGCACAAGUGUGAAGACGACUCUGACGAAGCUCUUGCCGGAAAAAGUCGGAAAGCAUGCGAUCCAGUACCCAGUGUUGUCACGAGUGAGGCAGGGCUAUGCCUGCUUCCAAGUCUUUCUUGGCCUCAAUGCAUCCAAUGAGGAGCUCAAACUGUCUGCACAAAACUAUUGGUGUUUCAUGGACAACAACCGUGAGGAGGCAAGUGUACAGCCGGUGCGGCUCAUCGACCAAGCGUGCAAGCUCUUCCCACAAAUUCAGGACAAGAUUGACCUCGUCGUAAUUGGAUCCCCUCUGAGCCACAACUAUUACCUGGGAAACACAGUGGGAGACAUUUAUGGCCUUCAUCACAACUUGGAACGAUUCAAACUCGAAAUUCAAGCCCUGCUCCGUCCUGAAACUGGCAUCCCAGGCCUGUAUCUGUCAGGACAAGAUGUCAUGUGCUGUGGCAUGGCCGGAGCGGUGUUCGGCGGAGUCUUCUGCGCGUCCAAGAUCCUCGAGCGCAACCUCGUGAACGAGCUGGCACAAGUCAUGAAGGAGGCCAAGAAGCGAGAGGAAGGAAAGUCGCAGAAGACCCGUGUCUCCAAAGGGGAAAGGAAUGGAGCAGUCAUGAACGGAGUCCACGGUUGAUGGGGGCCGAUGCCCGUCGUGUGAAUGCCUGUUCUCGCACUAAAGUUUGUAAUGUCUUCGGUCAAAAAUAAUUUUUUGCUCAUCGUCACAGGUUCUUUUGUAUGAGAGCAUUCAUAAGCUCUCCCGAUAUUAUUUGCGUAUCUGAAUAUAUUUUUCGUGAUAUUUCAUCACCUUUAAUUGGGAAACUAAUUGGUUGUCAUGGUUUGGAUUGAGUGGAAAAUUUCUGCAUGGAUCAUCUUCCUCAGCACAAUAAUCUCUAGAUUGAAUUAAUGAAUGAAAUAUUUGUAAAUUAAUUUAAAACCGUUUUCAGUCUCUGUUUCCAAUUGAGCAUUGUUUGAGCAACAGUGGUGACAACCCUUUUGCCUGCUCUCUUGUAUUGCAUCGUUUAUUUCAAAUUGGCUUUCAGAUGUUUUGCUAUGGUGCUUUAAUUUUGUGAAAUGAAAUAACCUGCUAUCCCACUGACAGCUUUUUUCAUAUUUGGAAUUACACGAAACGAUGUCUUGUUGCAGUUGGUCGGCGAACC